UCUCUCUCUCUCUCUCUCUCUCUGUUUUCUCAUUUUCCUCUCCCUUUCCCUCUUCUUCUUUCUCCUUCUUCUUCAAUCUCUUUCUCAUCGAAGUUUCGAAAAUAGCAUGCUCGUUCUUCCUAUAUUGACUUGUGGUGACCUCGCAGCAAGACCCACUUCUGGAUCUUCUGGUGUAAAGGCCUUUAAAAUCUUGACGAUUUAUUGACUAGAGUUGGUUUAUAGUGCUGAAGGAGCGUGAAAUUUGAAACCAGUUUGUUACUCACUCCAUCUCAAGCUUACCGGUUAAAUCCAUUUCUUCUGAAAAUUUAGGCCAUCUUUGGGGGUAUUUUUUCUUGGGAAAAGAUGAUGUUUGAUGACAUGGGGUUUUGUGGCGAUUUGGAUAUGUUAUGUGGUCCACUCGGGGAAGAAGAUAUUUCUGCCAGGCAAACUGAACCCGAUGCAGGAGUUGAUGAUGAUUACAGUGAUGAAGAAAUUGAUGUGGAUGAGCUUGAGAGGAGGAUGUGGAGGGACAAAAUGCGUCUCAAGCGAUUGAAAGAACAAACUAAGGCUAAGGAAGGAAUUGAUGCAGCAAAGCAAAGGCAAUCCCAAGAACAGGCAAGGAGGAAGAAGAUGUCAAGAGCUCAGGAUGGGAUACUGAAAUACAUGCUGAAGAUGAUGGAGGUUUGUAAGGCGCAAGGAUUUGUUUAUGGGAUAAUUCCUGAGAAGGGAAAACCAGUGACUGGGGCAUCUGACAACCUUCGUGAAUGGUGGAAGGAUAAGGUUAGGUUUGAUCGGAAUGGUCCAGCUGCCAUAGCCAAGUAUCAAGCGGAUAAUGCAAUCCCUGGGAAGAAUGAUGGAUGCAAUUCGAUUGGUCCAACUCCGCACACCUUGCAAGAGUUACAGGACACAACCUUGGGUUCUCUCUUGUCAGCACUUAUGCAGCACUGUGAUCCCCCUCAGAGACGGUUCCCAUUAGAGAAGGGUGUUCCUCCACCAUGGUGGCCAACCGGGAAUGAAGAAUGGUGGCCUCAAAUUGGUUUACCUAAAGAUCAAGGCCCUCCACCUUACAAGAAACCUCAUGACCUGAAGAAGGCAUGGAAGGUUGGUGUUCUAACUGCAGUUAUCAAGCAUAUGUCUCCUGAUAUUGCCAAGAUUCGCAAGCUUGUGAGGCAGUCCAAAUGCCUUCAAGAUAAAAUGACAGCCAAGGAAAGUGCAACCUGGCUUGCCAUCAUCAAUCAAGAGGAGUCCUUGGCUCGAGAGCUUUAUCCUGAGUAUUGCCCCCCAUUGUCCUCUGCUGGAGGCAGUGGGUCAUUGGUCAUCAAUGAUUGCAAUGAGUAUGAUGUUGAAGGGGCUGAGGAUGAGCCAAACUUUGAUGUGGAAGACAGGAAACCCGAGAAUCUUCUUCCAUCCAAUCUUGGGAUGGAGAGAAUGAGGGGAAGGCUUUCAGUUCAGCAACCAUCUCAUCCAAUCAAGGGAGAGGUUGUUACAAACUUGGAUUUUAUUAGGAAGAGGAAGAUCUCAAGUGAGUUUAGCAUGAUGAUGGAUCAGAAAAUUUACACAUGUGAACAUCCUCAGUGCCCUUACAGUGAAGUUCGCCUUGGUUUUCAAGACAGGUCUUCUAGGGACAAUCAUCAAUUGAAUUGUUCGUAUAGAAGCAGUUCUGCAGAUUAUGGUGUUCCCAAUUUUCAUGCUACUGAGGUUAAGCCAGUAAUAUUCCCCCAGUCAUUUGUUCAACCCAAUACUACAUCUCAGUGUGCUAGUUUGGUUCCACCUACAUUUGAUCUAACUGGGCUUGGAGUUCCGGAGGAUGGCCAAAAAAUGAUUAGCGACCUAAUGUCAAUCUAUGAUACAAAUGUUUUAGGGAACAAGAACGUAGGUUCCACUAACUGUGUAGCUGCAGAAAAUCAAAACUUUCUUCAGCCCAGCAUUCAGCAACCACAGGAGAAUUUCUUUCCUGGCCAAGGAAUGGUAAUGGAAGGUAACUUCUUUGCACGAGAGGAAGGUCAAUUUGACCGGUUCAAGAAUAUGAACUCUCCUUUUGAGACCAACCACAACAACAAUAAUAUCCCUUUGAUGUUUGGCUCCCCAUGUGAUUUGGCAUCGUUUGAUUUUAAGGAAGAUAAUCAAGUAGUAGGGAUGGAUACUCUUCACAAACAGCCAGAUGUUUCAGUAUGGUACCAGUGAAAAUGACAAGUGGAAACUCGUGUACCAUGGACUUUUUAUUGUCCUUUAAAGGGGUAGCCGCCUUGAUCAUGUGAAACUCCUUUAACGCAGAGGUAGUUGCUGCAUUUUUCUUCACAUGUAAUCGUGUAGGUCUAGAGAUAUUUUAUGCUUGACAGGUCUGGUCUGGUAUGGGUUAAUAAGGUUAUGGAUGUUCCAUAAUGUAACCCUCUUGUGUGUGUGUUUUUUUUAUAUCAGUGUUAGCCCUAUUGUUGUUUCUUAACUAUUAUAUGUACGACUGUGAUAUAAAUAAGAUUAUAACUCUCUUAUAAAUUGUUGUUCCACCGUAUUCAUGUUAAGGAAUCUGAAUAUAUGACCCUGUCAUGGGAAAGUUGGUUGGGCAGAUGAUAGGUUUUGUCGUUUUAUGCUUCUUUCUCCUGUGCUUAUCUUCUCCAUGUGAAAUGGACCCCAUAACAGUUGUUUGGCAGAUGCCAUUUUACGUGCUAUGUUCAAUUGCGUGAUCAACUUGUAUGUAUGUUAGUGUGUGGUGGGGUCUUUUUUAA